GCGGGCCUGGGCACGUUCGGGCGCGUCGUCGAGUGCGCGGACCGCGAGGCGGGCCGGCGCCGCGUCGCGCUCAAGGUCGUGCGGCGCAUCGAGCGCUACACGGAGAGCGCGGCCGUCGAGGCGGAGAUCCUGCGGGACGUGAACCGCGCGGCGGCCGGCGGCGGCGCCGGCGGCGGCCUCUGCGUGAAGCUGUUGGACACGUUCGAGUUCCAGGGCCACUUCUGCCUCGUCUUCGAGAAGGCGGGCACGUCCCUCUACGAUUUUCUCAAGGGCCACGACUACGCGCCCUUCGGCCCGCGCACCGUGCGGGCCGUGUCCCGCCAAUUGCUGGAAGCGCUCCGGUUCCUCCACGGGUUGCGCCUCGUCCACACGGAUUUGAAGCUGGAGAACGUGCUGCUGCGGCGGUCCGGCGUGGCCGCGCCGCCCCUCGACGACCGGGGCCGCAUCGAGCUCGCCGACGGCGACGCCGCCAUCGUCGUCAUCGACUUCGGGGGCGCGACGUACGACGACGAGCGCAAGUCGUCGAUCGUGAACACGCGGCAGUACCGCGCGCCGGAGGUCAUCCUGAACCUGGGCUGGUCCACGCCGUCGGACUUGUGGAGCGCGGGCUGCAUCGUCGCCGAGCUCGGCCGCGGCGAGCUCCUCUUCGCGACGCACUCGAACACGGAGCAUCUCGCGCUCAUCGAGCGCUGCGUCGGGCCCUUCCCGCGCGCGCUCGUCGCGAAGAGCCGCUACGCCGCCAAGUACUUCGACGGCGACGCGCGCUCCAAGUGGGAGGCCGUGCUCCCGCGCGACGGCCGGGACCACGUCCGCGCCAUGCCCAAGCUCCGGGACUACUGCGGCCGCGACGACCACCUCCACAUGCUCCUCGCGGGCCUCCUCACCAUCGACCCGGACGCGCGCCUCUCCGCCGCGGACGCCCUCGAGAAGUGCCCCUUCCUCGCCCUCGAUAACUAG